GACCGCUUGUAAAAGCUCCAGUCUUGCCCAGCCAGUCUAAAACUAAAGCAUGCGUUGCCUAGCUCUGAUCGCACUCUGCCUGUUCGCUCUUUUGACCCUGACCGCCGCCUAUUGCCCAUGUCCUCGCAUCUAUGAUCCUGUCUGCGGAUCGAACUCCAUUACCUACAGCAACCAGUGCGUCUUGGAAUGCAUAGCUAAAGUCCUAGGACGUGUAAUUACGGUCGCUAAGAAAGGAAAGUGCUAGUAAGCGGAAUAUGUAACCGAUUUACAUGUAUGAUGAAAAGUGAGAAAUAAAUACGUGGCGAUUGUGAAAAAA